AUGAAAACAAGCGGUGUUCUGCUCUUUCUGGGCAUCACCUUCCUGCUUCUGAUUGGAAUUCAAGGAAACCUAAUAAUGAGAAAUAGGCGCUGUUUAUGCAUUGACUUCAACCAAAAGAAGAUUCAAGUGCAAGCCUUAAAGGAUCUUCAACAAUUUGUUCCAAGCCCUUCUUGUGAGAAAAUGGAAAUCAUUGCUACACUGAAAAAUGGAGAUAAAACAUGUUUAAACCCAGAUUUAUCAGAUGUGAAAAAAUUGGUGAAAGACUGGGAGAAAAAGGUCAACCAAAAGCAAAAGCAAAAUAAAAUCAGGAAAUACAAAAAGCCCAAGAAGAUGGGAAAAAGUACAAAAUCUCAAGGUGCUCAUAAGAAGACUACCUAA